AUGGGUCUGCUAAGUGUGGAUUUGUUGAUCACGCUUCAGAUCUUGCCGGUGUUUUUCUCCAAUUGCCUCUUUCUCGCGCUCUAUGACUCCGUGAUCCUCCUGAAGCACAUGGUUCUGUUCCUGAGCCGCUCCAAGUCUGGGCGCGGUGAGUGGCGGAGGAUGCUGACCUCGGAGGGGCUGCGCUGCGUCUGGAACAGCUUCCUCCUGGAUGCCUACAAGCAGGUCAAACUGGGAGGUGAAGCCCCAAACUCCAGUGUAAUCCACAUAGCCAAGGGCAGUGAUGACAGCAGUGGCAGCUGGAAGAAUGUUGGUGGCAAGUGUGGAACCAAAUGCCACCUUCUGGAUUUUGCCAACUCAGAGCGGCCACUGGUCGUCAACUUUGGCUCAGCUACCUGACCCCCGUUCACAAGCCAGCUGUCAGCCUUCAGCAAGCUGGUGGAGGAGUUCUCUGGUGUGGCUGACUUUCUGUUGGUCUACAUCGAUGAAGCUCACCCAUCAGAUGGCUGGGCUGCGCCUGGAAUCUCCCCCUCUUCAUUCGAAGUUAAGAAACACAAAAGCCAGGAAGAGAGAUGUGCAGCUGCUCACCAGCUCCUUGAGCACUUUUCCUUGCCACCUCAGUGCCAAGUGGUGGCUGACUGCAUGGACAACAAUGCCAAUGUGGCCUACGGGGUUUCAUUUGAGCGAGUAUGCAUUGUGCAGAGACAAAAAAUUGCCUACCUGGGGGGCAAAGGCCCCUUUUUCUACAACCUUCAAGAGGUCCGGCUUUGGCUGGAGCAAAAUUUCAGCAAAAGAUGAAAUCCUUUCUCCACAGGAGUUAGGUCAACUGAUGUGUCCCUUUAAGGUGAUGCAAAAGGGAAAAAAAAGAAAACAUAUGCUAGUUUGAAAAAAAUCUUUCAGAUGAUUGCAGGAGAACACAUUUGAUAACAAUGUCAAGUGAAUGUUAACUAGGAAAAGAAAAUAAAAGAAAAAUCUAGCUCCACAGAAACAUUGUCAAGUGAAAAAAAAUUGCACUCCUGCUCUUGCUAUGGGACAGAGGAGGUGAACAGGCUUCUCCAAAAAGGUGCUGCUGGUAAGCAGGUAGGGUGGUUUGGUAAGACCUGUUUCCCAGAAGCCUCAGUCCUGGGGUGAGGCACAGAAAGCGUUUCUGCUUGGAAGGCAUUCCAUGGAAAGGCAAUGCUGUACAUUUCAUCAGAAACACUUCUUUACUCCCUGUGGCCAAUGCAAGGAACCGGAGAGGAGCAGGGGUUUUGCAAUUGCUUUGCAUACAAAUGCAGCGCAGUGUGGCGAUUUUCCUAUCUUGG